GAAGCAAUCAAUGCAACCAGAAUUUUUUUAGAAAAUUUUAAAAAACUACCGGCAGGAGGAAAUGACAUAAAUAUACUGGUAGCCACUCACGAACUCGAAUCAUUUGCAGUUAAAUACGGCAAGACUCAUCUCACAGCGAAUGAAAGCGCAGUUACUGUACAUGUGCAAAAAUUGUUUGGUGAGUUUUAUGCUCUGUCUGAGGUCAGGUCUUUUUUUUCAUUUUUCAGUUGAAUAUUUAAAAAUUUAUAUCCAGCUUCGUAUUCAAGGUCAUAUUAAUUUACGCUAGAUGCUGACGCUCACAAGGAAAAAUGAACAAUAUUUGGCCUUUACUUGUUCUCCACGGUGUAAUCAAGUGGUUAGUAUGGCCGUAAAUUAACCGGUUAGCUUUUUACAGGAGUGGCCUAUACCAGGAGCUAGGUUGGGUGGGGGAGGCUGGAAUUAACUAGCCCAUUUAAAUAGAAAUCUUUUUUAUGGAGUAAACCAUCCCAGGUAUUGAUUUUUUCAAUACGAACAGACAUAGGAUAGACAGACUAAUCUACUAAAUCUAAAUUGGGCUAUACAAAAAACUAAAACCUCUCAUUGUUUGAAUUGAUAUUAAGAAAUGGCGAACCUGGAAGUGAGAGGGGUGUACCGGCGGGUGUACGUUACAUCUUAAUGGCCGACCAUUUGACUGUUGAGGGGGAGGGUAUGGGUGAUUUCAGGAAAAAAUAUCCUGGAGACUGAUUUCAUGGAAAAAAUAAUUCUUGCAAGGAAAUAGCUGGCGGAAAAAAAUUCUGCACUGAAGAGAAAUAUUUUUCAUGGCUUAUAAUGCUGGAAAAAAAAAUCUUACAUCGUCAAGUUGUUAAUGUCACGAAAAAAAAUGAUAUCACCAAAGGUUUGGGGAAAAAAAAUUUCACAUCGAUUGGUAACCAAUUUCUAUAGGUAUGGGGAUCCGCUAUAAAAAUUGCGUGGUAUAACUAGUUCACAAGGAAAAGUCACUAAAAUUUUAUGACAUCUUAAAAAUAUUGUAAUAACUACAUACAUACAUACAUACAUACAUACAUACAUACACUUUAUUGAUGCUCCCUAAGUGGGCUUUUCAGCUCAAUAGAAUAAAAAAAUACAAAUAUAUAAAUUAAUUGAGAAUGUAAAUACAAUAAUAUUAUAAUUACAAAAUAUAUAUCAAUAAUAUAAUAUAUCAACUUAAUAAAACAAUUGCAAGAUGACGUCUAAAAUUCCUGGGGCAUUUUAAGGACUUAAUGUUAUCAUUCAAGGAGUUCCAGAGUUUGGCUCCUCUGAAAGCAAAGGAGCGCUGCCCUGUUGACAGGCGACAUAAAGGUAUAUCCAAAGCACCAGAUGAUCGAGUUUGUCUAUUAUGGACUUGAGAACGUGAUUUAAACAUAUCAGCAAGAUAGUCUGGAACAAGCUUGUUAAUACAUUUGUGCAUCAUAGUAGCGUCAUUUAGAAUGAGUUUCUCUCUAAUAGGAAGCCAUUUCAACGAUCGCAACCCAUCCGAAAUAUGGUCAUACUUUCUUAGUCCCAGAAUAAUUCGCCCAGCAAAGUUUUGGACUUUUUGUAACUUGUCAAUAUUGCUGCUGCUGGUAUUACUCCAGACAGUUGAACAAUAUUGGAGUUUACUAAAGACAAAUGAAUUUAUUACUAACAGAAGUGUUUUCCUAUCCAGGAGGUGCUUGAUUCUGUUAAUUUGGUACAAUUUAAAAAGGCAUUUAGAGGCAAUCUCAGUGAUAUGUUGGUUAUAACUGAGGCGUGUGUCGAGAAGAACACCCAAGUCCUUAACGACAGGCACAGGUGUUAUUUCCUUGUCAAAAAGUGUUAUACUGAAUGAUGACAGUUUCUUUAAAAGUUGUGGUAAUCCAACAGCUAGAACCUUAGUUUUGUCCGGAUUAAUCAAAAGAGAGUUUUUACAGCACCACUGAGAUAUUCUCGUAAGAUCUUCGUUUAAGGCGAGGAUGGACGUGGGUAAUUCGGCAGGUGAAAAGGACAAAUACAAUUUACAAUCAUCAACAUAGGAGGCAGAUAGACAACGUUUAGGAACAGAAAGGAGGUCGUUAACAUAGAUUGUAAACAAAACCGGACCUAAAAUAGAGCCUUGCGGAACUCCGAACUCAAGUGGGAGUACUUUAGAAACUGCGUCACCAAUUCGAACGCACUGUUGUCGGUUAGAAAGGUAACUCUGAAACCAAUCCAAUGCACCCUGGGAAAAAUCGAGAUUUUGUAGCUUGGAUAACAGGAUGUCGUGUCGAAUACUAUCAAAUGCUUUAGACAUAUCUAAUAAGACCAUGAUGGAAACUUUCUUGUUAUCCAUAGCCUGUAGCAACUGAUCUGUAACGUACAACAGAGCUGUUUCUGUCGAGUGAAGCUUUCUAUUUCCGCUCUGAUGUGCUGCCAGUUUAUUAUUUCUAAUUAGAUGCUCAUAUUAACUGACAUAUUACAUUAAUAAGGCUUUACAGUCAGAUAGUUAUUGGUUAUUGGUUUUGUAGAAAUGAAGAUUCAGAGGGCUUUGGAAAACAAUACGGAACCGAUUGCUUGCUCUAAAAGCAAUAGAACAGAGAACAUUGUCAUUCCUUCGGAAAACUUCAAAGCACAAGGUAAAAACAGUGUCACUAGCUUCUUAAUUAUGAGUUAAUCAUGAGUACUGGCACUGUAGCGACCAAUAAUUUAUUUUAUAAGUCCUACCAGCUUUUCAAAUAUUGUACUAUACACGACCAUUUCAGAGCACUUUGGCACCAGCAAGAUUGUUUGGAAUUUGUUAAGAUUGAGUUAAGAAUUCAAAUAGCCUAUAUUAUGCUAACUCAAGAAAGGGGAAAUAAAAGGUCAGAGACCUUGAUGUUAAAUUCGGUAUCGGCUAAACAUUUCACUUUUUUACCUAAUCACUUUAAUUUUAUCUCAGACACUGUCACCGUAUGCACGCUCUACCAUGGUGAGGUCAGGAAGUGGAUACCCGGUGGAGAAAGAGUUGGACUGAACGGGUUAGGCAUAUAG